CUCCACUGAGUUUUUUUCUUCUCGCCGACAAAAAUGUCGAAAUUCCAUUUGGGUACUCUCUGUUUCCUCAUCUCAUUACUGGGUUUGGCCAAUUUCUCAGUUUCUCAAAACGGUGUCGAUGAUUCGACUAUGGAAGCUCUCAAAUCAAGUCUGAAUCUUACAUCAGACGUCGAUUGGUCUAACCCUAACCCUUGUAAAUGGGAAUCUGUUGAAUGCGAUGGAAGUAAUCGUGUUACUAAGAUUCAGCUUAAACAAAAAGGGAUUCGUGGAACUCUUCCUACUGAUCUUCAGAAACUCUCUGAAUUGGUUGUUCUUGAGCUUUUUCUAAAUCGAAUCUCUGGUCCGAUUCCUGAUCUCUCUGGUCUUAGUCGUUUACAGACUCUCAAUCUACACGACAAUCUCUUUGAGUCUGUACCUAAGAAUCUCUUCUCUGGUAUGAGUUCUCUUCAAGAAGUGUAUCUCGAGAACAAUCCGUUUAACCCUUGGCAAAUUCCAGACACCAUUAAAGAAGCUACGUCUCUUCAGAAUCUAACUCUCUCCAAUUGCAGCAUUUUUGGAAAGAUCCCAGAUUUCUUCGGUUCUCAGUCACUUCCGAGUCUGACGAAUCUGAAACUGUCUCAGAAUCGUUUACAGGGAGAGUUACCGGUGAGUUUUGCUGGUACUUCGAUUCAGUCUCUGUUCUUGAAUGGUCAAGUGGGAGAGCAGCUUAAUGGAUCGAUCUCGAUAUUGAGGAAUAUGACUUCGCUCGUUGAGGUUUCUCUUCAAGGAAAUAAGUUCUCAGGUCCAAUUCCUGAUCUCUCUGGUUUGUUAUCUCUCCGUGUGUUUAAUGUUAGAGAGAAUCAGCUUACUGGUGUUGUUCCACAGUCUUUGAUUCGUUUGAAUUCGCUUACUACUGUGAAUUUAACCAACAAUUUGCUUCAAGGACCGACUCCGUUGUUUGGCAAAUCCGUUGGUGUUGAUAUAUUCAACAACACGAAUAGUUUUUGUACUAGUAUAGCUGGUGAGGCUUGUGAUCCUCGUGUGGAUACUUUGGUGUCUGUAGCUGAAUCAUUUGGAUAUCCAGUGAAGCUUGCGAGUAGUUGGAAAGGAAACAAUCCGUGUGUUAACUGGGUUGGGAUUACUUGUUCUGGAGGUAACAUUACGGUGGUUAACCUGAGGAAACAGGAUCUUUCGGGUACGAUAUCCGCGAGUUUAGCUAAUCUUACUUCAUUGGAGACUAUCAAUCUUUCUGAUAAUGAACUCUCUGGGCCUAUACCGACUGAGCUUACCACUUUGUCUAAGCUUCGGACACUCGAUGUGUCUAACAACGAUCUAUAUGGAGUCGUGCCAAAGUUUCCGGACACUGUACAUUUGGUGAUUGAAGGGAACGUUAAUAUCGGAAAGACCGGACCUAUCUCACCGAGUGGUUCUCCUGGAGCUUCACCAGGAAGUAAACCUUCAGGAGGAAGUGGUGGCAGUGAAACUUCUAAGAAGUCAAGCAAUGUCAAGAUUAUUGUUCCUGUGGUUGGUGGAGUUGUUGGUGCAUUGUGUCUGGUUGGGCUUGGCGUGUGUCUCUACGCGAAGAAAAGGAAGCGACCUGCUAGAGUUCAGAGUCCAUCCAGCAACAUGGUUAUUCAUCCACAUCAUUCGGGUGACAACGAUGACAUUAAACUCACUGUUGCAGCUUCUAGUCUUAACAGUGGGGGAGGAAGUGAUAGCUACAGUCACAGCGGAAGUGCGGCAAGUGAUAUUCACGUUGUGGAAGCUGGGAACUUGGUUAUAUCGAUACAGGUCUUGAGGAAUGUGACGAAUAACUUCAGCGAAGAGAAUAUUCUUGGGAGAGCCCCUGAUGGCAAAUACUCCAUCGAGACUCGAGUCGCUGGGACUUUCGGAUACCUUGCCCCAGAAUACGCAGUGACGGGAAGAGUGACGACGAAAGUUGACAUUUUCAGCCUUGGGGUCAUACUUAUGGAGCUAAUCACUGGUCGUAAAGCCCUAGAUGAGACGCAACCCGAAGACAGCGUUCAUCUAGUCACCUGGUUCCGACGGAUAGCAGCCAGCAAAGACGAAAAUGCCUUCAAAAAUGCAAUCGACCCAAACAUCAGCCUCGACGACGAUACCUUAGCCAGUAUUGAAAAAGUCUGGGAGCUUGCUGGUCAUUGCUGUGCCCGUGAGCCUUACCAAAGACCUGACAUGGCUCACAUCGUUAACGUCCUUUCUUCACUCACCGUCCAAUGGAAACCAACUGAGACCGACCCAGAUGACGUCUAUGGGAUAGACUACGAUAUGCCACUUCCGCAGGUGCUUAAGAAAUGGCAAGCUUUCGAGGGACUUAGCCAGACCGCAGAUGAUUCGGGAUCUUCUUCUUCAGCUUAUGGAAGCAAAGACAAUACACAGACAAGUAUCCCAACUCGUCCAUCUGGAUUUGCUGACUCGUUCACUUCAGUGGAUGGACGUUGAAGAAAUCAAGAUUGCCUAAAACG